CCCAAACAAGGUGUUGGAGAAAGCAACGGUUCGAAAAGGCGAAAACCCACUGUUACUGCCAAUGGAAUCUGAAAUGGAAUCAGAGAUUGCUCCAUACAGAGAAGAAGAAGAAGCUGAAGCAGAAGCAGAAGAAGACCAACAAGAAUCAGAAGAACGGCCAGUGGUGCUGAAAACAACGAAAGUGGUUGAAUAUUUGGUGCCAUUAAUGGGACUUGAACUUCUUUGCAAGUUCCCUGAUAACUCCGCCUAUGACUUUGAUUACUCUCGCAGCACUAUUUGGUCCCCUUUGCUUCCCAGACCUUAUAGCCCCAUGGAUUUCGAUCUCAUAACCCCCACAAAGCUUUCUUUCACCAAUUCCAAGUUCUUUAGACCCAGAAGCAGCGCCAUCAAGGUGGCUUCUAAGCUUAGGAAGAAGCUCAACCUUGAUUUCAUCAACAACAAGAACAAGAACAAGAAGAUGGUUUCUGAUUUGUCUCCUACUACUUGCAAUUUCAACCCCAUCAUCAAGAAGGGAUGGGGGAAGGCACUAAAAGCUGCGUCGAAACAGUUUAAGAGAUGGAAAUCUAAGAGAGAUCCCAUUGCCCAUGUCAUGUUACCCAAAUCUUUCAGCCAUGGAGACUUUUAAAUAUUCAGCACUCACGUUGGUUUACAAAAAAUUUAAGAUCAAAUAAUUUGGUUUUUAUUUAUUUAUUUAUUUUGUUACUAUGAAGUCUUUGAUGGAUUGGUCCUUCCGUAAUAUUAUUUAAAGUGAGGGAGGGAUC